AUGUCGCUCGAGCCGCCCACCUACCUCAACUCCCUCCAGAACAAUAUCCGAGCUCGACCUAUUCCAUGGGAUGGCGCAGUGCGGGCUGGGAACAUCACCGAUGAGCACUUGCGCAAGAUCAAAGCAGUCGACAAGGUUCGGAAACAAGAACGCAAGCAGGCAGUUGAAGCCGACUUGAAUGCUUAUACGACGCUUCUUGCUGGCAAUCCUCCGGACGUGAAGAGUGUCCUGGACUCGGCUUCUCGACGGACUGAUAUAGUGCAGUAUAUUCUGGUACUAGCUGCAGACUUAAUCAACGACGUUCCUGCUCUUGCCUCGGCGCUCAUCUCGCAUCCCAAUCCCUACAAUGCAUUCCUUCCAUUUUUACGGAACCUCACAAACCCCGAAGACCCCAUCCCUCUACUCGCAUCCUCGUUUUUAACGAAUCUUCUUUCGAGUGCGCUUAUUUCAGAUCAAACUUCCGAUACAGAAGAGGCAGCUCUACCACCUUUAUAUACAUACCUGGCGGAUUUGACGAAGAAUCAGGAUAGUGGACUACAGGAUAUCGGCGUUCAAGGGUUUUCGGCUUUGCUACGCAAUAAAGUGGCUAGAGAGCUGCUCUGGAAACAGCGCGCAGAGACCCUUGAUCCCUUGGUGGAGAUACUUCGCACAGCGGCCGGCGGCAAAGACAACGGGUCGAUCAACCUGGCUAGCUCUGCUGCUACCAGUAGUCUUCGCACUGCCGAUAUCAGCAUUGGGGGUGGAGUGGGACUGCAACUGCUAUACCAUGUGCUUUUGGUUAUCUGGCAGCUCAGUUUUGAGGGUAGUCUCGUCGGAGAAGAACUGCAGUCGCAAUACGAUAUAAUCGAGCUAUACACACAGUUACUACGGCUCUCGCCCAAGGAGAAAACUACACGCCUUCUCCUCGCUACCUUGAACAAUCUCCUUGCUGCAAAUCGUACACUCCUGCCUGUAGCAACAUUUGUCCGCCUACCUGCAUUACUUUCGAAUCUGAGCGGCCGCCAUUUGACUGAUCCCGAUCUUCUGGAAGACCUCCAGUCGCUGACGGACUUGUUGGAGGAGUAUACAAAGACGCAGACUACCUUUGAUGAAUAUGCAGCCGAACUACAAUCGGGACACCUACGCUGGUCUCCUCCUCAUCGCAACCCGACGUUCUGGCGAGAGAACGCGCGCCGCAUUCUCGAAGAGGAGCGCGGUGCCUUACCCAAGAAAUUGGCAGAGAUUAUUGCAAAGAGCUGGGAGAAUGACAAGCAGGUUCUGGCGAUCGCAUGUAAUGAUGUCGGUAACUUGGUCAAAGAAGUUCCGGAGCGUCGUAUCCAACUCGAGAAGCUGGGACUGAAGACCCGAGUGAUGGAGCUGAUGACUGAUCGUGACGAGUCAGUGCGGUGGGAGAGCUUGCGUGCAGUAGGAGAGUGGCUUCGAUACAGCUUUGAUAAAUAG